UCAAAAUCAAGUUUGUCACUUUUUUCUUCGAGAGUUUAUACAAAUGGAUUGAAACUUUGCAUAAAUAUUUGAGUGCUUAAAACAAAUACAAAUAAAACAUCCUAAAAUUUUUUUGAGCAAAGAACCAAGUAGGAAAUACAUUUUCAAUUUUGGACUAGGGGCGACCCUAGUCAAAAUCAAUUUUCUCACUUUUUUCUUCGAGGGUUUGUACUAAUGGAUUGAAACUUUGCAUAAAUAUUUUAAUGCUUAAAACAAAUACAAAUAAAACAUCCUAAAAUUUUUUUGAGCAAAGAACCAAGUAGGAAAUACAUUUUCAAUUUUGGACUAGUGGCGACCCUAGUCAAAAUCAAUUUUGUCACUUUUUUCUUCGAGGGUUUAUCCAAAUGGAUUGAAACUUUGCAUAAAUAUUCUAUUGCUUAAAACAAAUACAAAUAAAACAUCCUAAAAUUUUUUUGAGCAAAGAACCAAGUAGAAAAUACAUUUUCAAUUAUGAACUUGGGACAGGUCUAGUCAAAAUCUAGUUUUUCACUUUUUUUUCGCCGACAUAUUCUUCUCGACGGUGACAAAAUUCAAAUAACUUUUGAACUGUGUCGAUAUGGGUUUCGGUCGUACUUCACGCCCACCCUUUAAACUUAUACUGAGCAAAUCUUGGUCUAUCCAUAAGACUUUUGAUGGUACGGUGUGAAUAUAUCCGCAUUGGGUUUCUACCCGAUACACUAGUUAGAAGUAUACUUCACAAGAUACAAUACUUUUAAAAAAUCGGCCGAUUUUUAAAAUACAUGGAAUUUGAUCGAUAGUAUCGAUUAAUUUGAAUAAUGUUAACAGUUUUUGGCAGCAAUAUUUCAGCAGAUGGAAGUGCAUUGAAGGACGUUAAUAUGCGUAUUCAAAAGUAAAAGAGUGUUUAAUUAUAAAUAUUUUUAAGCUCCAAAUUUGCUGGUAAAAGCUUCCUUACUUACUUACUGGAACCAUGUUCUUAUGUGGAGCUUAGGUUAGUUUGUAUAUAUUCUCUGUCCGCACAUUAAGCUGGCAUUUUUUCAUUCUUGUUCUACGCCAAGGAGCUUUUGGAUCUCCUGGGCGUCUUUCCCCUUGCGGAUAUCAUCCAAGGGCGGUAUAACAAACUUGUGUUUCUUUUAAAAAUAUACAAUAUUAAACAUACAAUAUUGUAUGCAAGAAAACACUUGUACCAAAAAAAUUGGUUGACAGAUAUCGACCGAUAAAUUGUACGUAAGAACAAAAAAAAAAUAUCGGUCGAUACACGUAACCACAAAAAAAAAUCGGCCCAUUGUGGCUGGGAUUUUGUGGCCAAGUUCACACGGGUGCUCAUGGAAAUAUUACAGAUACAUCAAGCAGCAAUACCAAUGGACCAAUUUUGAAUCCAGCAACAUUGGAGAAACUUUUCUACAUUUUAAACUUGCGAAAUAACAUGAAAACAUCAUCUUCCAAAACAUUAAAUAAAGUGACUUCUAGUGCCAACACAUUUGAGUCAGAUGAUAAGAAUAAAUCCGUAGAGAAAAACAGAGAAGCUGUUGAUGAAACUUUGAAACUUAAACUUUUGAUAAAAGAUUUAAGUGACGAGAAUGAAGCAAUUAGAUUGGAACUAGUAAAAAGGCAGCAUGUGGAGGAGCAAUAUGAAGAACUUGUGACCAGCAGUAAAUUAUGUGAUGAUGAUAAGUAUCGAUUAAUGGUCAAGAGUCUUGAACGAUGUCAUGAGUUUGAAAGUAAUCUGGAAAUAUUUGAGAGAAAAAUUGAUUUUCUCAAUAAUGAAAAUGACAAUUUACAUCAUGAAAUAAGGAAAAUUAAAGUAUCAUCAAUUGAAGUCAUGAAUGAUAUGAAAAUGGAAAUUCUGAGAAAAACAGAAAAGCUCUUGACUGUCAAUGCGAUUAAUGAGGAUGAAAAUGAGAAGGAAGAGAUUAAGCAACUUGAAGAGGAAUUACAUGAAAUGCGUUUUAAAUUAAAUGGUUUAUGCUUUAACGUCCUUAAAAAUCUAAAAACUCUUGACGAAAAUAAUGUCCUUAAAAUCGAAACUGAAAAGUUCUCAAAUCUAGCCAUUUUGGAAAAUAAUCUUACAACAUCAUUCAUGACACGUAGCGAAUUAAAUGAGAUGAAAUCGAAGCUAUUAAGAAUGCAAGAGACAAUCAAUAUGAAUCAGAUACGAGAAAAGCAUCUUGAAGAAUUGACUAAAAUAUCACAACAGCAAUUAAAAGCACAACAGUUAAUGCUUACUCAAUUCUCGGAUGAUGAGAUUGCAUCACGUCAUUUAAUUGUGGAUCUACAAAGUCAAAGUAAUGAAAAUUAUUUAUUGACAAAGACAGCACGUGAUUUGAAAAUUUCUAAGGAAAAUGAGGAACAUCUCAAGCUUGAGAAUGAUAAAUUAAAAUUUGAGAUAAAAACCAUACAGGAUAAUAUACAAAAAGUACAUGAUAUUACAGAUGACAAACUUAAAGAGAUGAAUGCACGUGAAAAAAGUAACUUAUUAAAAAUUCAAUAUCUCAGAAAAUCUUUAAUUGACUUAUGCAAUCAAUAUAGUUCGAUGACACCAAUGUACUUAAUAACUGACUUUGUAAAACAUUAUGCGAAGUUAUUGGAGGCAAAAAAAGAAUUUGAAAUAGAAAUGCUAAAUUUAAAAUCACAAUCAAUGCCGGAACUUUCGUAUGAUUCUAUUGCAACACAACUAAAAGAUAUGUCAAUGACAGACAUUGAAGGAAAAAUUGAGAUCAUUAAGUACAAAUCGUCGUGUGAUUAUCUAAAACAACAAUUACAAUUACGUGAGACGACAAUCAAAGAAUUGCAUAAUGAAAUUGCACGUAUAAGAUUAAAUGAGAUAAAAUCCAAACAACAUUGGAACGCAAUCAGAAUGUUAUUUGGUGACAAAAAUGGAGCUGAAAAAUGUGUUGAUUCCGAGCAAAUCGAGAGAUGUGAUAAAUGCACUCAAAUUGAUGUUAUUAAAAAAGAUUGUGGUACAAUUACUGAUAAGCACGAAGAGAUGCCGAAAAUUAAUGCACAACAACCAAUAAUGAGAGAGAUUGUGAAGCCACAAACUCCGCCGAUAUCACAAAGUGUAUAUCAAAUAAAAAGUGAUGAUCAAAAUUCACUCGAAAUGCAAUUAAAGAAAGCAUUAAGCCUUGCAUCGUCUCGUAGCUCAUUAUUAAUUGAGACAGAAAAUCGUUUGAGUGAGGCUCAAGGAAGAAUUAAAGCACUCGAGAGAAAUUUCGAAAAUCAACUCAAGCAGCAACAACAGCAGCAAUCAACUGCGGUAAAUGAUAUGAUUAAUAAGAAGGAUGACCAUAUAUUAAGUAUAACAAUUGCGACAUUACAAAACUUAAUACUCGAUAAGGACACGAAUUUAUCACGAUAUCAAGAGUUGUUAAAAUCUGAGCGUCAACAUAACAUGCGGACUUUUGACGAAUUAAGUGAGCAAAUAAAGCAAUUAAAGAAGGUCAAUGAUUGUAAUGAGACGACAAUAGAUGAGAGAGAUAAGGCGAUUGAUAAAUUAAAACAGCAAAUAAUGAAUUUGGAAGAAGAAAAGCUUAAAGUUGAGAACGCUGUAAAACCGGUGACACCGCCGCCUCAACAACUCCAUGUAACAUUUAAAGAUAAUAAAAAUGUGCAUGACAUUGAAAUGCAAAGUAUGGAAAUAAAAUUAAAGGAGGCUCAUACUGAGGUGAAAAAAAUGGAACAGCAAUUGAAAGAUCUCACAAAUACUGAACGGCAGUUGCAAAAUCUCAUUCGAGAGAAGGACAUAUUGAUAAAAGAUUUAAACAUAAAGUUGAAGGCAUCAAAUGACAAUUUGGAGACAUUGAGUGAGAGUUUCACAUCUCAUAAUGAAAUUGAACAAUUAAGAGAAAUGCUCGAGGAGAAAGAUAAACAUAUACAGGACUUGACAGAAACAUUAAAUCAAUUUCAUGAUGAUCAGCAGAAAUAUAUAAAUGAUACAGCAUUGAACUCAGCCGAUCAAGUUCAAAUCAUAUCGGCUAAUUUAACGCGUGCCGAGACAACAAACCGUGUGCUCGCAACCCAACUAGAAGCACUAAAGCGGCAGGUUGCAAAUAUUCAACAACGAGAGAAACAAUCACGUGACAUGAUAAAGACUUUGAAAAAUCAACUAAUUAAACGUCCUGUUAUUUCUGUUAAGAGUGAUAAGCGCCCAAUAACGACACGAGAGGAACAGCAACAGAAGCGAAUCAAUGAACUAGAAAAUGAAUUAUUGGAAGUGAAAGAUGAUUUGAGACGUCAAAUUAAUAUUAAUGAUAAUAAGAAGGCAAAGAAUGCAGCUGAACUUGGUUUGUGGGAUAAACAAAAGCGCUAUCAAGAAAUGUCAGAAAAAUUAAAAGGCAAGCUUACUGAAAAAGAAAUUGAUUGUGAACGUUUAAAGGCAAACCUCCAAAUGGCAAAGAACAGCAUAAGACGUCUUGAAAAUGAGAAGAUAAUGCUUGACAAUAAGAUAAAGAAUGGCCGAUACAUGCAAAUUGUCGGUGGUUCAUCAACAUCAUCGAUUUCUUGUCAGCACUGCGAUACAUUAAAACAUUCUCAAAUAGCGGAAACUCCAUCAAUAAUGAGUGAUAGUGGCUCUGAAAUGAAUAGUGAACUAGUUGUUGCUUUAAAAUCACGUAUUGAAUCGCAGCAAAGGAAAAUUAUUGCAAUGGAACUAGAUGGAAAAGGCUCGAGUGUUUCCAUUGAAAUUGAUAAAAUUCAAGAACAGCUUUCGGAAAUUCAAGCACGAAAUAUUCGUUUGGAGGCUAAAAACAUUCAGCUUCAAUUAGAUAACGAUCUACUUAAACAAAACGUCGGUGGGCAGCGCCAAGAAGCUAGGAUUAAGCACUUGGAAGACUACAUAAUGGUGCUUAAAGACGAACUUGCUCAAUCGCACAUGUCAAAUGGAUCGGAGAAGUCUAGGCAUUCAGACUCAUCAUCAUCAUCAAAAAUUCAUGCAAUGGAACAAACAAUUCUUAAUCUCAAGCUAAUCAUUGAAAAAUUACAAGCAGAAAAUAAAUAUUUAAGAAAUUCCAAGCAUACACAGCAGUCAAUCUCUCAAACGUCGUCCUACAUGAGUCAGAGUGAUCGAAAAAAAGAAGAGAUCUUUGAAAAGCUCAAGAUUGAUUAUGAAAAAUUGAAAAAGAAUUACAAUGAAGCUAUUAUAAAAUGCUCUCAAAUUCAAGUCGAAUUGGAGCUGUCACAAUCGCAAAUAAUCAGUACUUCAUGCCCACAUUGUAAUCGUAAAGAUAUGGAUGAAUUAGCGACCCAAGAUAUUGAUGCGUUAAGACAACAAUUACAGCAAAAGGAUCAAAUUUUAGUGAAAGCAAAAUCGUUAUUGUCAAGAGCAGCAGCAAAAGAGAAGCAUUUAAGAGAGUCAAUAGCUAAUUUAAAAAAGAAAGUGUGUGACCUUGAGGGAGUUCCAGUAAUAAGUGAAGAAAAUAGUGAAACGGGUUAAAACUUGUGUGUUCAUUUUAACUGUGGCGUGAGUUUAAAUUUGAUUAUAUUUAUAUAUUUAUUAAUUAAAUUAUUUACAAGCGAGAACUUAAACGGAAAUAGCUACAUGAAUUGUAUUUUUUUAUCCAUUUUAAGCGACAUAAAAUAUUCAUUAGAUUUAAAAUAAUAAAAUUUAGUAAGUUCUUUAUUAAAGAAUAAGAAUUCAUGAAUUUAAUGUUUAGAUGAUGAGGCUGUUGGUAAUUGAGGCAAGCCAAAUUCAUCGACUAAAAUGCCAUCUUUAUUUUUCUGCGGAGGCGCAACGAUACUAUCGGCACCAGGCUCCUUGUCAGGAAUUCCAGGAGCUUUAAUAACAUCGUCUAAGUACGAUGUAUCGUCAUCAAGAGCAAUUUCAUCUCCUAAUGCAUCUAAUUCUGCCUGUAGAUCAUCUUCAUCCAUUUCCGGCAUAUUAUAAUUUCUACCAAGUGCUUCCUGAACUUCGUCAGCCUGUUCUAACAUGUCAGCCAUUUCAUCUUGUAAGUCCUCAAUAUCCUCAAUGUUAAUUUUCUUAAAUUCUUUUUUCAUUGACUUCAUUCCGUCCUUCAUUGCGACAACAGUUGCCUGUGUAUCUUUCAACAUUUGAUUUGCAUAAUUUGCCUGCUCCAUGUUAAAUGACUGAUUUCGAAGAUUGUCGACUUGCUGCUCAUAUCUUUAUCA